AUGUCCGACGGCGAUCCAUCUCUCGAAGAAGACAUUCCCAAACCAUUACUCGAAAGACCAGAAGAAAAUGUGUUUUCCCCAAAGAUCACUACGCCAAUAUACGCUGGCAGUGUAAAGCUACAACACAAGCUAUCAGAUUCAGGAGAAACAGAAUCAUUUCUAUCGGAUGCUCAACGUAACGACCUCGCUUUUCAACAACUCUUUCAAAAUGGAGAUGAGAACUUUCACGAAAGGGAGAAGGAGACGCAAGGGAGGAUGGCCGAUCUUCAGGCCAUGUCGGUUCUCAGCACGUACCAAGACAAUCUUUCACAGGAUAUGAAUACAGAUAGAGAUGAUAGCGAGGCUUCAACAAAAACCGCAGAGGAAUGUGGUUGUGGGCCAACAUAUCCUGAUUCGGCCAACAAUAAUAGUAAACCCACUACCAAUCAUUGCUCGAUAGUAAUGGGUGGAAUUCUAAACAAUCCUUCGCUAUCUUUCAAUGACGGCGUACGUUCUGUGGACUUCGUGUUAGUAUGGGAAGCGGGCAAAGAAGAUGCGACAUCGAGGGAGGCAUACGAACAAAGGAAAGUUUUUGAACAGAAUCUCGAAAAUGAGGGGUUACAUCUAGAAAGGGAGGCCCCUGAAAAUCUACACGGAUUGCACUUUAUCAAGAUUCACGCGCCAUUAUCUGUACUUAGAGAUUAUAGUGAGAUAUUAAAACUAAGGAUGCCAAUGAAGGAUUGCAGUAAGAUACGGAAAAGUGGGCGGACGAAUGCGAUACUGAGCGCUGCCUUGUAUAUGUCUAAGUUUUCGGCUCUAAAAGAUGCACCAGAGAAAACGAACUCCUUCCUGGAGCGUAUAGACGUAUGGUGGGACGGAAUUAUGUCAAAUAUAAGAGUGGACCCGAACCUCUUCCCUGAAAGAAAGCAUCGACUCACUGCCAUUUAUUCAAAGGAUAAGGAGUACUUAUUCGACACGACAUCGGAUUGUUUCUGGACACCGUCGAUAAGAUCUCGUAUUGUGCAAUUUAUUCUGGAUCGAAAAAAAUUCUCGGAGUCCCCGACGGAUGACUUCGCGUUUGGGGUUUCUAGGCUCAUAUCGAACAACGUAUACAGCGCAGCGUAUCCUUUGCACGAUGGUGAUCUCAAAACGCCGGGCUCAAUGCGUCACCUGCUGUAUACAGAGUGGGCGAGUGUCUCAAAGUGUAUCAAAUAUCAACCACUCGACUACGUCAAGGACUACUUUGGAGUUAAAAUUGGGCUUUACUUCGCAUGGUUGGGGUUCUACACACACAUGCUAAUCCCGGCGUCACUUAUGGGUCUCAUAUGUGUAAUUUAUUCAGCUGCUACUAUGGGUUCUGAUAAACCGAGUGACGACGUAUGCAAAUACAACUCGUCGAUAAAAAUGUGUCCACAAUGCGACUUCCACUGUGACUUCUGGGAUCUGAAGGCCACCUGCCUCCAGUCGAGGAUUACGUAUCUCUUCGAUAAUUCUACAACGGUGUUUUUCGCGAUAUUCAUGAGUUUUUGGGGGGCUUGUUUCCUGGAACUAUGGAAGCGAUAUUCAGCAGAAAUGACCCAUCGUUGGGAUUUAACUGGUUUCGACGUUUACGAAGAACAUCCAAGGCCACAAUAUCUAGCACGGCUUGCGCAUGUCAAAAGGACUCAGCUGAACGUAGUGACCGGCGAAAGAGAACCAAUGGUUCCGUUCUGGCGUAUGCGUCUUCCAGCGGCGCUGAUGUCAUUUAGUGUGGUAGCAUUACUGGUGUUGCUGGCUCUAGCGACGGUAUUAGGAGUGGUGUUAUACAGGAUGUCCCUUCUCGGCGCCUCGAUAUUCCGGGAACAAGACCCGAACUCCCUAAUCGCGUACAGCCCUAUCAUGUUCACUUCUGCCACAGCUGCUUGUAUUAAUUUGGUGUUCAUUUGUAUUUUUAAUUAUAUAUACCAAUACCUAGCGGAAAGGCUAACAGAGAAGGAACUGUUAAGAACUCAAACAGAGUUUGAUGACUCGUUGACAUUAAAGAUAUACCUUUUACAAUUUGUCAACUAUUACGCGUCCAUUUUCUACAUAGCGUUCUUUAAGGGCAAGUUUGUCGGACGACCGGGGGCUUAUAUGCGACUGUUUGGUCAGAGACAAGAAGAGUGUUCACCUGGUGGUUGUUUCCUCGAACUCUCCAUCCAGCUGGCUAUCAUCAUGGUGGGGAAGCAGUUCAUCAACACCAUAGUUGAGAUGAUGAUGCCCUAUCUGCUUAAGUGGUGGAACAUUAUACGUGCAAUCGGCAGGAAAAACACAAUAAAGAGCUCUCUGCGGUGGGUGAAGGACUUUAAAUUAGUUGACUUUGGAAAUAUGGGUCUGUUCCCCGAGUACUUAGAGAUGGUAUUACAAUAUGGUUUCGUGACGAUAUUUGUGGCGGCGUUUCCUCUAGCGCCAUUGUUCGCGCUCAUCAACAAUAUAUUAGAGAUGAGGCUUGAUGCUUCCAAGUUCCUUUCGUGCUAUCGCCGUCCUGUGCCCCAGAGAGUCAAUGAUAUUGGGGUGUGGUAUAAAAUCCUGGACUCUAUUGGAAAAGUCAGCAUUAUUACAAAUGGUUUCAUAAUAGCGUUCACAUCAGAUUUUAUACCGCGGCUAGUAUACAAAUAUACUUCUGGCACAUUGGACCAGUACGUCAAUCACACCCUCACUGAUUUCAAUGUAACGGUGUUGGAAACACACCCUUUGAAGACAACGUAUAAUGGGAGUAUGUGCAGUUACCCGGGGUACUGGUCGUACAGCGAAGGCGAUGAUUACCAGCACUCAAAUUGGUAUUGGCACGUGAUGGGUGCACGACUUGCCUUCGUUGUCGUUUUUGAGAACGUGGUAGCAUUGGUCAUGAUAUUCGUCCGUUGGGCGAUACCAGACAUGUCGGGCGAAUUGAGAGAUAGGAUCCGACGCGAGGCUUACGUCAUCAACAGUUUCAUAAUGGAGGAGACAAGAGCUCGCUCUCUCGCUCGCACACCUGUACCAAACCGCGUCAUGAGCGAGACAGGAAAUGGAAGACCUCAAGGUGACGCAGGGGAAUCACACUGGAACCACAUAGCUGCCUUGUCUGGCUCCGAUUUCGAUCUGGCUGCGCACGGGGAGCAUCUGGACAUAAGAGAUCUGACACACGUCACACAUCCAAGCAGGGAUAAAACGCCGCCUGCGCAUGUCUAG